UGAAACCAGCACCUGUCGCCUCUGUCCGGGAAGGAAGCAUUUACAGCGGAAGGAGAAGGGCAGGACGGCAUUUUUCCUCGGCUGGGUGGCUGACGGGUGAUGGGGCUGCGGUUUCUGUGGGGCUGUGUUGGUGUUUUGUCAUUGUACGUCACUCGUGUGGCGGGCCUUACAUUUGACGUGUCGAGGCUGAACGUCACGAAAGACCCCGAAACAUGGGGCGUAGAGAGAGGUUCGUUCAAACACAACACACCACACCACGAGCGCAAAACACCUCUCCUGUGUGUCUGCCCUGCCUGUGUGUUUGUGUUUGUCGAUCGCUCGUUCAUUCAGAGUAUGUAUGCGCCGACUGGUGGCUUGAUCAUCAGUUUGAUGACAGCCAUGACCUCACUGUGAGGCCCUACACCAACCUCCCCACGGCCAAGGCUUGUCAGGAGGCCUGCAAGCUCGUCAAGGAAUGCAAGUACUUCACGUGGCGACCACCAGACGUGCCGGAGGUUUUCGAUGCGCCAUCGGGCAACUGCAUGCUCAAGGGUGGCCGCACGAGCGGGUACAAGGUGUCCAGGGGGGCCGUGAGCGGCGAUGAGUCAUGUGGGGAUCUCAUGGAUAUCACCGACGUAAGGGGCGACGGCAUGCGGCUCUUCAAUAAGACUCAUAAGGAAGGUAAAACGGACCAUCUCGUACAAACAGGGAGGGACACGCUCAUAUCAUUCUGUGUGUCGAUGGCUGCUGCAGGUCUGACCAAGUCGAUAUCUGGGUUUCUGUACGUCCCCCUGGACAAGUCAGGCCGCGUGACGGCCGGCCAGUCGCCCUCUGCCAGCUUCGUGGAGCUGCCCAGGUCCCACCACAUGAUCGUCGACCCCAACACCACCGCCCACUUCACUCUCGCAGCCAUGCUCACCAACAGCACCGACGCAGCCGUGCCCCCAAGGUCCGGCGUCGUCCGCUACACGCUUCUGGACAUCACCACCGACACCAAGAAGGUGCUUGUUGUCGACACCCUUUACCCCUGGACAUUCACCGACGGCGUCGCCGAGGCGCCCGCCAGGCAAGAGGACUUCGAGGCCUGUCAGAACAAGAGCCUGGCCAUGGGGGGCAAGCACGAGCAGUACGCCGACUACCGCUGCCGGACCUACGCGAGCGCCCUCCGCGAUCUCGACCAGAAGUGGGCGCGCAUCGGUCUGGCGUGGGGCGACACCAUUGUGCGCGAGAGGCGGCUAGCUCUUCGGGCUGAGUACAUUCCCAAGGGUUCUGAGGGCGCCACGGGGCCCCCUGCGUUGGUCUAUUUUGACUUGAGGGAGGGGAGUAUGGUGCAGCCAUAUGAGGAGCUGGGGGCGGACUCGGAGGAGGGCAUGUGCCCCGUGGCUUUCCCUGACUGGCUCAGGCGGCAGUGUGCGGGGGCGUCGGGCACCAAGAGUGACUGCCACGUGAGCUGAGCAAGUGGAGUUGAAACAUGCUCAUGAGGAGAGUCCACCUUUGUGGGUGUUGCUGUCUUGUGCUGUGUAGGCCACGUGUUGCUUUGGCGAGAGGGAGCCCGAGCGUGGCCACAGGGACGAAUUCGACGCAUCACUCAACUGCUACUAUCCAGGUGGGUGUCCCUUACACACGAACACACACGCACACACACACUUCCCCCAUCCCCGUUAACCCUCUUUGUGUCGUCUCAGUCUGCAGCGCCAUGCAGCGACGCAUGAAUCGGUGUCCAAACUGGGUGGAAAAGCGGGGUUUCCACGACAAGCCCCUCGAGCUGAGAUGCCCCCCAGUGGCCUCCAACACCAGCAGCAGCAACACCACCGCCUCCAAGACAUCGGCCGUGACGUCUGUGCGGGUCAACACGCGCGGCACGACGCUUGAGCUGUCGGGCGAGGGGCGGGCGCGAUCGCUGCAGCGUGGCCAGCAAGGGGAUGACAGGCGGCCGCUCGUGGGCUACACCACCAGGGCGUGCGGGGCCGAACUCAGCUUCUUCCACCGAAGUCAGUGAGAAAGACACAUAGCGACGUUACACAUGACAAAAGGGAUGGAUGAGAGGUGUCUUCUUCUCUGUUUAUGCGUGUGUGUCGAUGGAUGGAUGGAUGGAGCAGAGACAAGCCAGGCAUACAUAAGGGUAGAGGUGCCGGGCGAGGAGGGUCACUUGCGUGAGAUCGCUAUGACGGCGACGCCCACGGACGCCACGCUCGACACGAUGCUCGGCCUGGCGCCCUCUUGCUGCGGCGACGAGGGCUGCUUCGCAUUCGCACACGCACGUACGCCAAUCGCCAUGCACACACACACACACACACAUACAGAGAGAGAGAGAGAGAGAGGAAUGAGGACAAAGGCUCCAUUUUGCUGCCUGUCUGUGCGUGUGUGUGUCAGGUACUGUGUACGAGGGUGACUUGGUGUCUCCGCGUGUGGUGACGAUUCGCACGAGCGUGCUGCCGGGGACGUACUUUGCCGUCCUGGGCAGCUGGGACGAGACGGCAGGCAUCGCCGACCUCUCACUGUCAUGUAGCCCAUGAUGACUUGAUGGGGAUGUGUUGAUCAUGUGUAUGUAAUUAAACAAUGGAAAGACGGACGGACGGAGUGAGG